AUGGAAGGACCCAUUAAAUGUAUAUUCUAUAGUGAAUUUCAUAAUAUAUAUGGUACAAAGAUAUUUUAUCAAUAUCCUGAAGGAUUUAUAGCUAAUGAUGUAUUUGAAGGAUUUGCCGAGUUUAUUAUACCGAAACCAAAGUUGUGUGGAAAAGUAAUCACUUUGACUGCAUUCGACUAUAAGAUACUUGGUUAUCCAGUGUUAUUACAAGAUGUAAAAUAUCAUAGAAAUGCAUUACUAUUCAACUUGGCAAUGGUAUUCGAUAAACAUACAGAUACAACUAUCUAUCAUAAUAUAAUAAGAAAGUUAGGUACAAUACUUAGAACAUUAGAGACAGAAACAGAAUACUUAUUUAAUCAAUCAAAAGUUAGAGAUCAACCAGAUCUAUUAAAGAUUCUAGAGACUUUGUAUAUAGAGUUGAAUAGCUAUGGUGAGAGCACUAUAACGGUGGACGAUGCCAACACUAUCAACGUAAAGCUAUUCAACAAACCACCUGAACCAAUAGAGAUACUAGACCAUCAAGUACCUGUACUCAUCGAAGAGAUCGACACUUCCAAUGCAUCGGAAUGGGAUCUAACACUACUACAGAUACUACCGUAUAUCGACGGUGUCAACUAUGUCAGUAGAAUAUCAAAACUAACUGAAAUCGAUAUUAAUCUUGUUAAAUCUUGUAUAAAACAUUUAGUAUAUUAUAGUAUUGUUAAAAUGGUUGAUAUAUUUCAAUAUUCAAAUAUAUAUAAUCCAACACCGUUGAUAAGAAAAUUGGCAUCGAAUUUAGAUAUGCAGAGUGAAUGUUCAGCGUUUAUAACAACACCUGGCAGUACGAUUUGCUCGUUCGAGACGAUCUUCAUGUUGUAUGCCAAUAUGAGUACCGAUACACCGUUCAGAGAGUAUUGUACAGAGAAUGAAUUGACGUCGUUGGGAAUAGAUGAACGAUCUUUUAUUAUAUUCGGUGUCAUCAAUGGAUUCCUCAGAAGAAAACAGAGAUAUCCAAUUCUAAACAAUCUUAAAUUGUUGGAGAAACUACCUCAGAACGAUAAGAAACGAUUAUUAAAUGGUAACAAGAGCUUCGAUGAAAUUUGUUGUAUAUUAUCGGUUGGAAUGGAUGUAGUAGAGAAGUUACUGUCCGAGAUAGCAGAGCCUGAUCAAUAUACUGUUAUUUGGAAAUAA